AUGCGUCUAUCAAGCUUCAUCAAAUGUCUUCUCGUCGCCUCUGUGGCCGACCGAGUCUCGACCACUUCUGCUCUCAGUCCGGACAAAAUCGCUCUCUACCUCGGUGUCCACGCUGAUGAUGCCAAUGAGCUGAUGAACACCAAUGACUACUUGUUUGCCACCUUUAAUCAGUCUGCCGGAACUGUGGCAGCGUGGUCCCCAGUGACCAAGGAAAGCGUAUACUCGGUGAUGCAGGAACUUCUCAAUCUCGAGAACAUAUCCGAAAAGCGACUCAAUCCAGCUCAAAGCUCGGGUGACGCACAAGUCAGCAGCAAAGAGGCGGUUAUUAAGAUAAAGCUUAAUGUCGCUGAAGUCGCAGAUAAAGCGUCUGUUUAUCGGAAGUCACUUGUGUGCUCUGUGUUGCUGCGGCCGUGGCAGCUGCAACUGGUCCGAUUUCGUCAUGUGCAAGCACAGCUUAUAUUGCAAUAG